CUUCUCUCGUCUCGGACCUUAUCACACACACUCUCUCUCUGUUCUUGUCGCUUAUCAAGGACCGCUGCCUUGCUCGACCUGGCUUAGGUGACUUGGAGCUGAUCGACUCCCGCACCCUUCACCAGGAUAAAUCACCGUCCAGCGAUCCCUCACCGAUCCCGCCCCGUUGCCACGGACCAUCAUCUCUUUCCAUCCCACCUUCCACCGAUUCCAGAACCCGUCGUUACACUUCCUCCCGACUCAACACCAACGACUUCCCCCAUCGGACGUCGAAUCACUAGUCCCUAGCAUCACCUCGAUCAUCGCAAUAGCAGCCACCCUCUAUCACAGCCUAAUCAACCCUCAUACACCCUUAUCAACAUGUGGUCUUGGUUCGGCGGAUCCGCCGCUCAGAAGCGGAAAGAUGCGCCCAAGAAUGCGAUUCUCAUGCUUCGCGAGCAGCUGGACAUGCUCCAGAAGCGCGAGAAGCACUUGGAGAAUCUGAUGGAGGAGCAGGAUGCAAUUGCUCGGAAGAACGUAACGUCAAACAAGGCCGCGGCUAAGAACGCCCUUCGACGGAAGAAGGUUCAUGAGAAGAACCUCGAGCAGACGACGGCGCAGAUCGUUCAGCUAGAACAGCAGAUUUACUCGAUCGAGGCGGCGAAUAUCAACCAGGAGACUUUGAAGGCUAUGGAGGCGGCUGGUGCGGCGAUGGCGAAGAUCCAUGGCUCUAUGACGAUUGAUAAGGUGGAUGAGACGAUGGAUACACUUCGCGAACAGCACCAACUCAGCACGGAAAUCGCAACAGCCAUUACAAGCACCUCUCUGGUCGAUCAACCAGACGAGGCCGAUUUGGAGGAGGAACUCGAGGGUUUGGAGCAGGAGGCCAUGGACGAGCGGAUGCUCAACACAGGUACUGUGCCGGUUGCAGACCAGCUCAAUCGUUUACCUCCUGCGGCAAAUGGAGAAAUCAAAUCCAAACCCCAGACCGAAGAAGAAGACGAGGAAGCAGAACUGGAGAAGCUACGUGCGGAAAUGGCCAUGGGAUAACUGGCCAACUAGCUAUUUCGUUUUCCUCCAAUUCCUUACAGACUCGGGUUUCUUUCACCUCUCCUUCUUCCCUUUUUAAUCAUAUGUGUCAAAGAACAUGUGCUGCCUCCAUUCCACCGUUUUGAUUGAUUGCGUUAUUUGCGCCCCUUGGAGUUAGUUAAUUUUUUUUCUUAUUACUUGAAUCCUUGCAUGAUGGAAUGAAAUCAUUGUCUACUUAUGUUCAGAUUCUAUAUCGUGAUUGAAUACAUCCGCUAGUAGUAGAG